AAAAAAAAAAAAAAAAAAUAAAUAAAUAAAUAAAUAAAGAGGCCAAUUCGACAAUAAAGGCAAUGCAUAGUCUCUCGUGGUUUCUCCUCGUCAUUGGAUUAUCCGUAGGGUUGAGUAGCGGAAAGUGGAAUGAGAAAAACUCUGUCAUCUUUACGAAUUCUCUUGGUCGGAACAAAGUCUUGAAAGUAAAUUGCAUAUCAAAUGAUGACAAUCUAGGCUUCCACUUUUUGCGCCAUGGACAAACCUACGAUUUUAGUUUCCACGAUAGUCUUUUCAAAUCAGAAUUCUAUUGUGACCUAUGGCAAGGCCCUAAUUUCAAGUUGCAUGCAGCAUUUACGGCAUAUGAAGGUGGUGGUUUGAUAGUUCAUUAUGGUAAAAAGAACUUUUGGGAUGUUAGAGAUGAUGGGAUCUAUUUCACCCAUGGCCAAAAAAUGCCCAAGUUAGAGUAUACGUGGAAGUAAUAAUUAAUCACUCAAAGGGAAAAGAUGGAAUUUAACUCAUCUUUUUGUUUUAAAGUUUGACAGAAACUUCAUUUUCUUGUGUAUUAUAGUGGACGUGAAACAUUGUAAUAAAUCAUCAAAUUAAGGCACCUUAAUAUGUAAAUGUAUCUUUAGUGUAUUAAAGAGAAACUUUAUAAGUAUGUGAGUUUUUCAAUACGCAAACAUAUCCAAG